AUGCCAGACAGUUUAUUACCUGUGAAUAGAUUUGAUGUGUCAUUGUACCUUGAAAAAAUGAGAACUUUGAAAAAUGACACUUCAGCAAUUCAAGACCUCAUUAAAAACUUGUGUUAUUCACCAGCAGUUGAUGGUGCAUAUUGUCUUCCGUGUGUUUUAUUUGGAGAGAAAUUUCCAACCAAAACCAACAAAAUUAAAAAACUGUUUUCUGAGUCAUUUAGAUAUUGGCCAGAUGCCAAUGCUCAAUUCCUCAAGCAUAAUUCUAGCACUGAACUUCAUGCUGAUACAUCAGCUGUAUUCACUAGCUUUAUAAGAAAUUAUUUUGCAAUAAUCUAUUCUGGUAGGCAGGGCCACGCAUUAAGAGGUCAACGAGAUGACUCCCAGUAUCAUGGUGAAGUAGGGGAGUUUUCUUGUGGAAGGGUGGGAAAUUUUGUGGAAUUGUUGAAUUUUAGGGUGCAAGGUGGAGACACUAUUCUUGCUGAGCAUUUGAAAAACAGCCCUAAAAAUGCAACCUAUAUCUCCAAAACAACACAAAAUGAGUUAAUAAGUUGUUGUGGUGAAUUUAUUUUGGAUAAAUUAGUUUCUGAGAUAAAAAACAAUGUGUUUUAUUCUAUUCUUGCUGAUGAAGCCUCUGAUUCAUCUCACAAAGAGCAAAUGUCUUUAGUCCUGCGUUUUGUGGAUGAUUCAUUUAACAUUAGAGAGGAAUUCAUCCAGUUUAUCCAUUGUGAUGAAGGACUUUCUGGUAAAGACUUGCAGUCUGUUUUAUGCAAGUGUUUAGAACAUUUGAAGUUGGACAUAAAAGAUUGUAGGGGUCAAGCAUAUGACGGUGCAGGUGCUGUGGCUGGUUAUAAAAAUGGUCUCUCUGCACGCAUUCUUAGUCUUAACAGAAAGGCCAUCUAUGUUCACUGUAACAGCCACCGUCUAAAUUUAUCUGUGGGAAAAUUUAUACAACAAAUACAUUUUUCCAAAAUUUACGCAAAAGAGUGGUUUUACACGUUAAAGAAAUUGCUUCACUUGUUUACCAAUCGUAAAUUAAAUAAAUGUUUUUGCUUAGCCAUGCCACAAGGAAAGCAAAGUUUAGGUGAACCAAGAAACAUUGUUACUGAUAAGACUGAAGUAGAAUAUGGAGUUUCUACCGAAGUUUUUAAAUCCGUUUUUACGUUAGUAGCUUCAUACGAAAGGAAAAAUUGGGAUCACUUCCACAAACACAAUUUUAAAGUCAGAAGAAAAUCAAAAUCAGAAAGUUCGAGAAAGGUGUUGAGGAUUAAAGAAACCUACUCGCAGCACAGGAAAUGCAUGUUUGACCAUUCGAAAAUUGUUGAUGGAGCACAGCACUGUUCAAUUUAA